CGAGGCGUUGCGUGCGAUCAACAAUCAUGGCCGGCACAGACGAAAAUUCCAAUGCUUCUAAACAAGGACUUGCAAGAUAUAUUAACUGUUUGGGGGAAGAGAAUAGGAAUACACGCAGAAAUGCUUUGAUAAACAUACAGAAAGAGACUGUAGACAGAAAUCCUCCGUUAGAAACUCACGAAUUGCAAACAGCCUUCACUGAAUUAAUAAAACCUCUUCUAAAAUCGUUCUCUGAUUCCGUGGAGAAAUGCCGAGAACUCUCCAUUGGCAUAGUUUAUAGCUUUUUAAAAAAGGUUCCCAGUCCUGAAGACUACUUGUCAUACACAAUACCUGUUUUGGUUCAAAGAUUAGGACAACAAGAUAUUCUUGAAACAUCUGAAGAGAUUAGAGCACAUCUAAUUGAAAUGCUGAUAUUUUUAAUUGAGAAAAGUGGUGAAAAGUUUGGUAUUUAUGUAGAUGAUUGUGUUAGAAUUCUUCAAAGAACAAUAUUGGACCCAUUUCCAGAAGUAAAAAAAGAAAGCUGCAAAUGUGCAUCACUUUUAACUGAUAUAGUACCUCGUCAUUUUUAUAUGCAGUCAGAUAGUCUUAUCAAGCCCUUACUUCAAUCCAUCUCACAUCAACAUUCAAAAGUUAGAAUAACAGUUGUGGAAACUAUAGGUAUAAACUUAUAAAUAUAGAGCAUUCAUAUUUUUUAAUAUAUUUUAUAAUAAACAUCAAUUUUAAUAUAUUAGACUUAUUAUUAGAACAUUUUAGAUUAUUAUGCCCUUAAGUCAAAUAUUUUGUACAUUAAAUUGAUUUAAAUAGUUUCAGAGAAUCACUAAAUAACCUUUUGUCUUUAAAUAUUUAAAUCUUAAAUAUAUGAAUGUGAUUUAAUAACAGUUGAAAGUUCUCAGCUCCUGGUAGAAAUAUAAUUGACAUUUAUCUGUUGACAUCUAGGAAGUGUUUUGCAAUGUGGAAAUGGAAAGGCUGUAGAAGAUGUAAUUCCUCAUUUAGCACAAAGAUUCUUUGAUUCGGCAAGUCAAAUAAAUAUUUUUUUUAAAUUCUUCUGUUUUGAAAAGUUUAAUUCCAAGUAAUAAAUUUAAGAUUAGCCUUUUUAAAAAACCUACAUAAUUGCCGUUUCUUUUAAAAAUGGAAAGGAAGAAACGUAAUUGGUUACAUUUUUUGGAUCAUUCUCAAUACUGGCUUAAUUAUCAAAUAUGAUUUCUUUUUCUUAAACUCAUUGCUAGAAAUACAUUUUUUCAGACACCAGGAGUUCGUAAAGCUGUUACCCAAGUUGUUGGUGCCUGGCUAUUAGAUCUUCCAGAUCGUUAUUCAUAUCACCACAAGCUUAUUCCUCUCUUGCUGACCAGUUUGUCUGAUGACCAAAUUGAGAUCAGGGAGCUUGCAGAGGGUCUUUGGCAUGACGCAGGUUAGAAUCAGAAUAUCUAAAAACUUUAAGGUGUUUUCUUAAAAGAAUAAUGGAAGUAUGAAAUGUGACUUACAAAUAUGCUCAUUUGUUGUUUAGGUCUCAAAUAUGAAAGAGAGAAUGAGGAUGACCUAAAAGAUAAAUUGGACUUCCAAGCUCCUGCCCCUUGUCACUACCCCGCUGGAGGUAAGCGCUAUUUUGUUUGAUAUGUUUUCUUUAAUCAUAGUUUUUUCACAUUUUCCAUUUGUCUUUUUUUUUUCUUUUUUUUUUUCAACUCACAUAAAUAUAUCCAUCUGUAUUACAUUUGAUAUUAUUUUGUAUAUGCGUGUUUUAUAUUUUUUUGUGGACUUACAGUAGAGAGACCCAACCUUGGCUGCCGUGUUCUUGUUCAUCGUCACCUGUCAAAGAUUUUACCCGGUCUUGUCAGAGAUUUAGGUGAUUGGGUAGUGGAGACACGUGUAAAAUGUGCGUCCCUCUUGUAUUGGCUACUGAUUAAUGCUGAAGAGUACACAACCCAACACAUUGAGAUCCUGCUAAAUGGCUUGUACAAGGCAUGUCUGGAUGAGGACCAGAGGGUGGUCACAGAUGUAAGAUAUGGAUAGGACAUAAUGUAAUUAGGUAGUAUAAGUACAGAAAUAAGUUAUUGUCUUUUAUUUUUAAAUUUUGAUGCAUCCAAUUAAAUCAAAUAGGUUAAAGCUCCUAAGUUUAAUACCAAAUAAAAACAAAUGAAAAGAUAAAAAUGUUUUUUAGCAUAUCCUAACGAUAGAUGUUUCCAUAAUUAAAAUUAUAAUGACAUCCAUUGGGACUGUUCAAAAUUAAAAAUUAACAGUUUCAUGUGUAAAACCAGCUCUGCUCUAGAAAAAUCCAAGUUAAAUCAAUUUUGGCACAAUGUUGUUGUUUUUUUAAAUAAAUUUAAUAUUUAUGACUUAAAAAGAAUUUAUCGUAGUAGAGUAAUGGAUGUUUCAAAGUAAUUUGUAAUUCACAAUUAGGUUCAACGAUCUGCAGAACUCGUGGGGUAUUUUGUCAAGCCCGACAUAUGGAUGAAGCUGGUUUUGACAGGUUUACGACAAUCCUUAUCCCAUGGCGUUGUUAUGACAAUGGCAGCAAUAGUCCGUGGCUCCUCCCACAACUCAUUCCUGCCAUACCAAGAAGACAUUGUCAAUGCUUUAUUAAACCCAGACGUUUAUCAGACAGUGGAAGCAAAGAUGCACACCCAAGUAAAAAUAUAUUUUGUCAUUUAUUUUAGAGGCAGAUUUUUUUAACUCAUUCCCUCCUGCAAUGCUACUUCCGUACUUAAUUUAUUUGCUUGAGAAAGGGAAGUAACUCCAUUUUGCACUUUAUUUACAUUUGUAAAAUAUUUAUUUAAGCUACUACAUUUUAUUUAAUGUUCAUUCAUUAAGAAAAAAUGCAACAAAAAAUGAAAAAGGUUUAAUAUAAAUAUAACAUUAGUGGGGGAAAAAAUAACGAACAAUGGCCAAAAAAUCGAUUUUCGGCACUUGGGACAUACACAUGCUACAUAUAAAAUCACAAGUAGUUUUAAAGUGAAACAAGAUAAAAACUUCCAGUUUUAAAUUAAAAUCACUCUGAACCACGCCAUCACCAUUAAGUCUCGAGGGAUGCGAGAUUUCAUUGCAAUUUUUAAAUAGAAAUGAGAGAGGUGUCUCGCUAUGCGCUGGGACGCAUUUGGAUGCAUCCGGCGAAACCCGUAAAGGACGCAUUUAGUCGCAAGCGUCGGGACUGAGGUAAAUGGCACCAAAUUUUCCCUUGCUAUCUUAUUCAGUCAUGCUCCAAUGGGGUAUAACUCAUGGGUGGUCCAGUAGUUAUCUUUCCCUUCCUAUCUUAUUAAGUACCGGUAGUUAAACGAAAAAUGAUUAAGCCCCAAAAUAAAUAAAUUUUUUCUUUAAGGUGAUAACUUAAAUUAGAUCCUGUUUCUUUCCUGUUAGAUACUAAACUUCUGCCAGUCCAUGCUAACCUUGAUGGGUUUUGACAUUCAAGUGGUCAGCCAACAGGUGUUCAACCUUCUCAUAAGUGUUGUUGCCCUGACCCAGAGUAGUGAUGUGGUCAAUGGGGUGAGUACUCUAUUCCAUGUGAUGUUUAAAAUGAAUGAUGCUGAGAAUUUCGGCCUGCUGUUAAGAAAAAUUUUCAAAUAACUGAACAACGACUCAGUUUGCGAUAAAAUUGUUAUAAUCCCACUAUUCAAUAUUGUUGAAUGCCACUUAUUGUUUUAAUCCCACUACUCAAUAUUGUUGAAUGGCACUCAUUGUUUUUUUACAAUAUCACCUGAUGAUUUUUAUUUUCAUUUUCUAAUUAUUUUGAAAAAAUGUUCUUUUUCAAUGCUACAUCAAACUAUCGGCUAGUACCAUAAGAUCCCAAGAGAUAUUUUAGCAAAUUAAAUUUUUUUUUUUUCCUUGUCUUGAAGUUUAAAUGUCACAUUAUUCUGCCCUUCCAGGCCCACAACUGUUUAGAACAACUAGCCACAGCUCAAGGCUUGACUGACAAGGCCCAGCUUUUUGAGAACCACACCAAGCCUCUAAUUGACUCGUUUGGAGACGGAAUCAACAUGUGGACUAAUCAUUCUGUCGAAAGGCAAAUCUUUGAUGCCCUGCUUAUAGAAGCUGGUAAUUCUUGCAUUGGGAUGUUAUCAGGGAGGCUGAGAUCAAGUUUUAAGAUAAUGAAAUAGGAAGCACGAUAUUUUGCUGUAUUGUUUAUCAAUUUUUCACUUUAAAUGUGCUUUUUUAUUUCCUUAUUCUUCUACUAUUAUAAGUUUUAAUCCCAUUAAUAUUUGUAUUGUCUAUCGAGAUUCCAUGUUCUUAAAUUGUUAAAAUUACCGUAUAUACUCAUGUAUAAGUUGAGAAACUUUAGUCGUAAACUUCAUUUUCAAACAAUUAGUCGACAUAUCCAUGGUUUCGUGCUCAUUACAAUACAAUUUUGACUGAAAUCUGAUACCAUGUCACUUGCGUCAUCACUGACUGCUAAGUCUAUAAGCCUCUAUCAUCAUAUAUAAAUUGCGGGAAUGUCACUUGAUACCACCGACUGUACUUGACACCGGCCAAAGUUUAGUGUACAAAGCAGUGCUGUGUAUGUGUACAGAGCAGUGAUUUCUGCAAGGUAAAAUCUUCCAAAAUUAUAAAAGUCACAGAAUUGCAUAGCCCCAAGUUUUACCCUCAGCAUAUUUCAUAUAUGGUGGUAAAAAAAAACUGCCCUACAUUUAUAGAUGAGUAUAUAUGGGAUAUUAAGGAACACUAAAUUGAAAUUUUAAUAGUGAGUUCCUUAAAUUAAUUUUAAAUUUGUUUCUUGAACACUAGGACCAGUUGUUGGUCGACAUCUUGAUGACAUCAUUCCUGUCAUCAUCACAAACCUGGACCCAAACAAAGAUCCGGAGCUAAGGCUGAAAUUCUUUUCAUUGCUGUCCCGCCUGGUCCUCUCGGCUCCCAGCACACUGGACUCUGAGCACCGCUUUGAAGAGUUUGCCACCACAGUUGUGCGAGACAUGAUUCUGCCCAACUGUGUGUGGAAGGCUGGUCGGACAGCGGGUGCCAUUCGUACAACUGCGAUUUCAUGCAUGUGGGCCCUUCUGCAGAGCGGUGUCUUAACUAAAGAAAAGGUGAAAUAACAUUGGUCAUUGACAAAAUUAUAAUAACUACUAUCAAUAAUAAUAAAAUAAUAGCUUCAUAAGUUUUCAUCGCCAUCUUUUUGAAUUUGUUUUAAGUAAAAAUCAAGCAAAUUAUUUGAAAUAAAAAUUGUUUAAAAUGAAUGACAAGGUUCAGAUCGAUUGAAGCAGUGCAAUACAUUCUGGUUUAUAUUGAAUAGAAUUUCUAAAAAUAAAACUGAUAUUCAUUUGCUUUAUCCAUUGAUAUAUUUUCAUGAAUUUAAAAAAGCGUUUUUUUUUCAUAUCGCAAUAAUCUCAUCCUAGAAUAAUAAUUUUACAUACCUUUAUCUCCUUAGCUGGACCCAGUUGUGGAGUCAGUGCUGACGCAGCUCAUCACUUUGAUAGAAGAUGACAACAAGACAACGAGACUGAUUUCUUGUCGUGUCAUGACUCGAGUCUUUGAUCUCAUGGGGACAGAUCUAGGUCAAGACAGACUUCACAAUAUUUAUCCUGAACUGCUCAAGGUAAGACUUGUGCUCAUGGAGUUUUUCUUUCAGGUUUUCUUUAAAAAAGAAUAAUGAGAAUAGUGUCUGCGUUCGACAAGUGGAUUAUAAUCUUUUGGUUUAGUUAAUAUAAAUUAUUUUGUCCUUUAAUCUUUUGGUUUAGUUAAUAUAGAUUAUUGUGUCUUAUAAUCUUUCCAAAAGACUGUUUGUCUUUAGUUCGGGACAAUCCAUUUGAAUCCAUUCUUGGUUGUGACCCAUUCCACCACUUUUUAAAAAAAAAUGUGGAUGAAUUUUUAUUUUCAGCGCCUUGAUGACAGCAGUGAUGAGAUACGCUUGACUAUGACCAAGACACUGCUGGCUUACUUUGACUGCUUCCAAGGAGGCUAUGAUGUUGGACUGUAUCGUGCCCAUCUUGAGGCCAUCUACAAGGGUCUGCUGGUUCACUUGGAUGACCCAGAGAGUACAAUUCAAGAAGCUGUUCUAGGUAACUCCAAGGAACAUCUUUUUUUUUCACUUUUAACAAAACUUGUAGUGGAAGUAAUUGAAACUGUCCUAUCUUGCAAAAGAGGAAACAAGCUUUUACAAAAUUACUAAUUAUAUUUUGAUUUGAAAAAGAUGUAAUAAAAUCAUGAAUAUCAUGUACUACUAAUUACUAAAUUAUAUACAACAGUCAGAAAUGUAAAAAUGAAAUAAGCAUAAUUAAUUACAAAAAAUGUGUAUUUUUAAAAUAACUUUCAUAACUGAGAACUGUAUGAAAUAUUAAUUCUUUUUUUUUUUCUUUUGUUUCUCAGAAGUAUUAAAAAAGUCCUCAGAGUUGUCUCCCCACAUGCUUGUCCGAGAAGUUGAGCAAGUCAAGCACAAACAUCGCACCACAAAAUACUGCGAUGACCUUAUUCAGUACGCACAAAAUUUCUCAAGCAAGCAGAAAAAUUAGAGAGUCUGUGGGUGCUUUUUAAAAACUAAAAAUUGUUACAUUCAAAGUAUCUCUUGAAAGACAGAAUGACGUGACUGCUGGAAUCUAUAUUCUCAACUCAUCUUGGUCUUUCCUGAAUUUUUCCGUUCUUUCCUGUUUGCAAGGAUUACAUUUUUAUCAGUUUGUUUACAUAUUGUCACCAUUUGUCAUACCCUUCUGUCUGCAUUGAAAUCUCAAGUUAUUGCAUAAUGCUAAGCUUAAUAUUACGGUGAAAUCUGAUCCUCACUUUUAAAAUAUCUUUGAUUUCAACAGUUAUUUAUGGGAUGUUAAGCAUUUGUCACUAUGAAAUUUUCAUUUAGCCCUAACUAAUAUAUUAAUAUCGAGUCAUUUAAAUUUUUGAAAUUAAAAUGUGUGUUUUUGAUAAGUAAAUAUCCUUUCCCUUUUUUAUUCAUAUUGAGGAAGAAGUGUAAAUUGAUC